AUGCACUUUAGUCCUGGAGCGUUAUGUUGCCGUCGUAAUGCCUUUCAAAUAUUUGACUUUCAUGAAAUUAAGCGUCGCCACGUUUUCCUGGUGAUUUUAAUCUCUUGGGCGAUUCCAGUUAUUACUACUUUGACUUUUUUCAGAAUGAAUUGGCUUCGUCCAAGUCAGUGUUUACCAUUUAAAAUAUUUAUUUCGAUGAACAUAAUUUUUUGGCUUUUCUGCCAUGCUGUGGUCUGGUCUUUUGCUUCGCUUCAAUGCUAGUUGUUGUUAACAAGCACGAACGAGCAGCUCGUGUCUUAGCAAAGCAGCUCCACUUUAAUCAUUGAUUUCUGUUCAAAAUCCAGGAGAAAUCUGCAGUUAAAAUGAUGGCAAUUGUUAUAGGAAUUUUCCUUCUAGCGAACACGUUUGCUUUACGAUGUGGUUAUGUAUUAAUAUUCAAAACAGGAAAAACAUGUGAUGAUGAAGAAUAUAAAAUACCCCUCCUUGUUUUAAACUUUGCUAUUAACCCCACUGAGUAGGCCCUCUUCAAGCGGGAUAUAAAGAAGGAGAUGACAAAAUGUAUUUUCUGCGUCAUCUAGACAAAGUAAUUCAGCCUUUUCAGCUAAUCCAAGAAAUUCGCAAAUUCUCCAAUUUAUUGCUUGACACCUUAGUGAUCUUUUAUUUGCAUACGAAUUCUACAAGCGGGAUAUAAAGAAGGAGAUGACAAAAUGUAUUUUCUGCGUCAUCUAGACAAAGUAAUUCAACUUUUUCAGCUAAUUCAAGAAACUCGCAAAAUCGGUUUUUAAGCUUUCAUUAAUGGUUUGUCAAUAGGCGUUGAUAAUUAUGGAACAAAACAAAUUGUAUUCCAAGAUCACCUUGAGGUUUUUGUCUCUUGAAUGAGGCUGCCUUUAUUCUCCAAUUUAUUGCUUGACACCUUAGUGAUCUUUUACCUCAUUCGAGUUUGUUUACCAGUUAUUUUUAGGUUCUUCUGUAUCUGGAGCUACCCUUAAAAAUUCUUUACCACACAAGCGUAUGCUGUGAAGAGUUUGAAGUAUGAAAGAACGCGAUAUAGAUGGUAACAAUCGUCAUAUCCGUCUUGCUAAUUUACCCACGAAGCCAAUCAGGAUAUGAAAUUCAUCCGUAACAACCACGCCUGCAGUGUUAAGAAAGUCGUAGCGCCCAUGCUGUGCAUUAGCGAGAGAUGGAAAAGCAAGACGGAAAUAGAGGUUGCAGUUAAUGUCUUAGGCUUUCCCUUACUUAAAGGAAUUGACGUCACUUGGCUGGGGAAAUGAAAAGAAGGAAAAUGCGUCAUAGGGAACCAAAACAUUUACGACGUGGUGUGAGCAUUUGAAAGUCCCAACUUUCAAUCUUUUAAACGUGGCGUGGGAACAAAAAAAAAAAAAAGAAUACGUGGUUAUUCACUCGCUUAUGGUAGGGUCGCAUCCCAAAAAAAUGAAAUGUCAUUAAAAAUGUUUAGAAUAAAAACGCUAAAGAAAACAUAUUUUAUGUAUUGAUUGCUCGGAAAAUAUAAGUUGUUAGCUACUGAAGAACUCUCUCCCAAGUACCAUGGUAAAAAGCACUUCAUAUUUCACUGCUGAAUGAAAAUGUCAUCCAAAGGAAACACAGCAUAAAGCGAGAACAACAUUAGGCCAGGAUAGUUUAUCUUAAUUAUUUUGCGCAAGAUUAGUCCUUCGAAACGAAAUUUUAAUCGCAUUUAUUUCGAAAGCAGCAUGUUUUCCAAUUGUCAAAUUUUGCAAAUAGGCGACUUAAACAAUAAUAUUUAAUACGUGAAAAAAUAAAAGCAUUCCGAAAAGGUCAAGUUUGCCUCCGGUACCGCCUCAUACCUGCCAGCAGAUUUCUGUGUUGGGCUGAGUGCUGUUCCCCACUUUUAAAUUGUGAGAAGACAACUGGAUGCGAUCAUGAAGCCCCUUUUGCUGACAGGGGGGAUUAUGUAAGGUGGCUGUUCACAUAUGCGUCUAUAACAAACUUAUGUAGUUUAGUUCUGGCUCGUUACAUCGCUGUUGUGAAGCUUCUCAAAUACUUCUUGUUCAUGACGCGCAAACGUGUUUCUCCGAUGAUUUUUAUUUCCUGGGCACUUUUAACCCUUUUUUCGAUGUUCUAAUGUCGUUCGUUUUUAAUGACAAUUGUUCUCUUUUCUUGGCCAUUGUUAUUGGCCUGUUCCUUGUUUAUUCUGCAUGCUAUCUCCGAUGUAGUCUUAUAUACAUAAUGAAAGACGAACAACCAUGUAAUGAUAAAAAAUUCAAAUUGCCUCUGUUAGUUUUAAACUCUGCCAUCAACCAGUUGCUUGCGCUCUGUUUAAGAGGAACAUAAAAGAGGAAGCAAAACGAUGUAUUUGCUGUGUGAUCUGAAAGAAGAGAAACAACAUGGAACCACUUAAGGUUACUUUUGUCUAAUUUUGCCAGUCUGUUUCAUUUUAUAGGUUUGCAAAUCAGUCUGUCAGUCAGCCAGUCAGUUUUCAGUCAUUUCGUAAGUUACCUUGUCCAUCAGUCUACCAAGUCUGUCAGUCAGUCAGCGUUCAGUCUCUCAGUCCUUCAGACAGUCAGUCAGUCAGCUUUCAGUACGUCUUUCAGUCAAUAAGACAGUCAGGUUUAAGUCAAUUGUCGGGGCAAUCAGUUGAUCAGUAUUAGUCAGUGUUAAGUCAUUUAAUUGGUCAGCGUAUUCAGUCAACUAGUAAGUCAGUCAAUCAGUUGAUCAGUUAGUCAGUGUUAAGUCAUUUAGCUAGUUGGUCAGCAUAUUCAGUCAGCUAGUCAGUCAGUCGGUCUGUCAGUCAAUCAGGGUAUUCAGUCGGUCAUCUGAUCAUUCAAUCGGUCAUCCGAUCAUUCAGUCGGUCAUUCGAUCAUUCAUUCAAUCAGGGCAUUCAGUCGUUCAUCCAAUCAUCCAGUUGGUCAUCUGAUCAUUCAGUCGGUCAUCCGAUCAUUCAGUCGGUCAUCUGAUCAUUCAGUCGGUCAGCCGAUUUUUCAGCCGGUCAUCCGAUCAUUCAGUCGAUCAGGCUAUUCAGUCAUUCAUCCGAUCAUUCAGCCGGCCAUUCUAUCAUUGAGUCCGUCAUUCAAUUAUUUAGUUGGUCAUCCGAUCAUUGAGUCCGUCAUGCAAUCAUUCAGUAUGGCGUAACAUACCGUUGAAUUUUGAACGGUAUGUUACGCCAUAGUUCAGUCGGUCAUUCGGCGAUCAUUCAGUCGGUCAUCCGGCGAUCAUUCAGUCGGUCAUCCGGCGAUCAUUCGGUCGGUCAUUCGAUCAUUUAGUCAAUCAUCCGAUCAUUUAGUCGGUCAUCCGAUCAUUCAAUCGAUCAGGGUAUUCAGUCGGUCAUACGAUCAUUCAGCCGGCCAUUCUAUCAUUCAGUCGGUCAUCCAAUCAUUCAGUUGGUCAUCCGAUCAUUAAAUCGGUUAUCCAAUCAUUCAGUCGAUCAUCCGGCGAUCAUCCAGCCGGUCAUCCGAUCAUUCAGUCAAUCAUCCAAUUAUUCAGUCGGUCAUAAGAUCAUUUAGUCGGUCAGAGUAUUAAGCCAGCAAUUAAGUCAGUCCUUAGUCUGUGCAUUCAGCCCCUCAGUCAAUCGGUCAUUCAGUCAGUCAAUUGGUCGGUGAAUUCAGCCAAUCAGUCAGUCAGUCAGUCAGUCAUACAAUCAGUCUGUCGGUCAGAGUAGUGAAAGAAGAACGGCUAUUUCGCGACGUAGAUAAAAUAAUUUAGCAAGCAUUGCAAUAUGCGAUGAAAAAGUGAGUUUUCUUCAAAGGGAAAGUUUCCUUAGGCUAUGACUACUUAAAUGGACCAUUUCCCGCUUUCUUGUCGUUUGAUUUUAAGAUAAUCUUGUCAACGAUACCCAACGCGACUUCUAAUUCAGGCGGGUCUCAUAGAACCAGGCGUUCACUGAUAAUUGAAAAGUUAAUUUGGUUUUCAAACGAAUGAUAUGUUAAUCCUGUUUAAGUUUCGAGCCGUUAAAGAAUAAAGUCACAGAUUUUCCUUGAACGAGUCUUGUCUACUUAAGAAAUGAAAUUUUAUGCUGAACAUUUUCAUCUAUUACGCUCGAUUACAUUGUUAGACAUGCACCCACUGUUGUACUAAAGAAUUAAAAAACGCGCCGAGUGCGUUGUUGAGUUAUUUAAGCAUGUGGGAAUUUUUUUUCGUAAUACUAUAUUUCAUAAUCACCUCGCUAGUGUUUGUCUCUAAAAUGAGGCUACCUUUAUUCUCCAAUUUGUCGUUUAACGCCAUGGUUAUUAUUCCAUCUUGAACUGUUCCUUUUCCCUUUAAAUCUAAGUUAACCGCUUAGCGGUUGUUCAUUAGUUUUGGAAAAGUAGAGUUAGGUUAAGAAAGAUUUUAGAGUUAGGCUGUUUUGAAAAAUGAGUAAUGUUACUUUGGUGAAAAAGCGAACUUUAAUUAGCUGUUUUUACAUUUUUCAAGAAACAAGACUGAGCAACAACAUAGUUGUUAAAGGAAUGAGCUAGUUAUCUCUUCAUGCUAAAUGACUCCGAUAAAAUUCAACGGGCGGAAAAAGAUUGCCUCGAUUUAAAUUUGCGCAUGUUUUUAGAAGUGCAAGGUGGCUUAAAGAAAAAAUUGAAAAAAAAUAGAGUUUUAGAGAUUCACUCAGCAGAGUAUGUGUACGAUACAAAUGAAGAAAAUUUAUCUGGUAUUUUUCCGGAAUAAAUUGCAAGUGAGUAGAAGUGAGUUCUAGUUUGAUGUCAUUUGAGAUCAGCUGGUUUACUGUAAGAAAUAAUUUUAUCCAGCAUGGCAAACAAACAACUUUUGAAUUACUGCGUUAAUCCUAAACCUUUCAUACUGGGCUAGCGCCAAAUGUUUCUUAACGUUAUUAUUGUCGAAUCAAACAUUAAGGUCUUGAGAAAAAAAAAACAACAACAACAACAACACAACCAAAAAAAGCAAGAGAAGAAAAACAAUUACAUAGCGUGCGUAACUCCUUCGGUCUCACAAUUCCAUUAUAAAAUUUGUUAUUACCAUUUCAUCAUUAUUGCUUCUCUGCCAGUGAUCUCGCCAUCGGCCUUCAUAUUAUUACAUUUUAAUAAAGCUGUCAGAGAUAGGUUGUCAAGACUCUUAUUUAGCUAUCUUUAGAUAGAAAUUUCUUACUGUCAAUAAGAAAGGUUGACGUCACUGCGGACAUAAUUAUUUGUGCGGUUUUCGUCAAUAAGCACAGAUGCACACACGAGUGUUUCCCCUCCGACGUGCCUCUCCCAUGAUAAGUUUCCUUCCUUUAAUUCAUUGACUUACCAAAUCUGGAAUGAAGGAUCAUGGGUGGACCUAACACUAAGAGAGGCAAGGAUUCAGCCUGAUUAAUCAAUUGUGGCGUAUUUUUGAGGGACCUCCGAACAAGAGGAAAUCACCAGAUGUUUUAGUUGUUGUAGUUGGUCUUACAUUAGUUCAAGUCCUCAGCGAAAAUAUAUCCUCACAGCUUUCCACUUAACGACCACAAAAUGGAAACUUGGUUUUCGAUUCUUGGCUGGUCUCUGUCCAUUCUGACCAUAACUGGAAAUGGAUUUAUCAUCUGCCUCGUAAGAAGAAGACGGCGGCUCCGCACCAGAACCAACGCAUUCGUAGUUUCUCUUGCAGCGGCGGACUUCUGUGUUGGGCUUAGUACUUUUCCCCCGCUUUACGUCUGCGAAGAGAUAGUUGGAUGUGACCCAAAGGCCUUCUUAGCAAGCGGGGUGGAUUAUCUAAGAUGGUUCUUUGGGUACGCUUCGGUUACAAACUUGUGCAGUUUAGUCCUAGAGCGCUACGUUGCCGUUGUGAAGCCGUUAAGGUACUGGACUUUUAUGACGCGCAAACGCGUUCUCCAGAUGUUUGUUAUCUCUUGGACCAUUCCAGUUGUUUUGGUCUUGGUUUUUUUACUGAACGGGCUUGUUUUUAGAGAGACUCUGCUGUUUAAAGUGCUGAUAUUGAUUCUUAUGUCAUUUUUAGAGUUCUUACCGUGUUGCAGUCUAAUUUUUUGCUUUGCAUCAAUGUAUUAUGUUGUUUAUAAACACGAAAGAGCCGCCCGCAUCUUGGCAAAACAACUCCGCUUUAACCAAAGAUUUUGUUUUAAAAUCCAAGAGAAGUCUGCUGUGAAAAUAAUGGCCAGUGUUAUUGGCUUGUUUCUUGUAACCUACUCGUUCGCUUUGCGAUGUAGCUUUAUUUACAUUUUGAAUGACGACAAAAAACCGUGUGAUGAUCAAGAAUAUAAAAUACCCCUUCUUGUAUUAAACUCCGUCGUCAACCCCUUCGCUUAUGCUGUCUUCAAGAGAGACAUAAACAUGGAGAUGACACGAUAUAUCUGCUGUGUCAUGUGUAAAAAAAGAAACCGCACUGAGCCAAUUGAUGAAAACAACUCUUUCAUCCUACGCAGCUGCAAUGCUUAA